AAACUACCAUCGACGUCGGAAAAGGUGGAAGUCGAACAAUAACAAGGCAAUGCUUGGACGGUGACGACGAUAAGUAAGUCGCGACGUCUAAAUUGCGUUGCAGAAAACAUCGAAACAGCUCAAGGACAAACGGAGAAUAUUAGUGUCUUUCACUGAUGGCGUCCCGGGACCAACUUUAUCGAGGGACGGAGGAGAACGAGCAACAGCAGGACGCCAUUUUGCUGGCUCACAUGAAAGGUGAAGACGUCCAGCAGGUGAUGGCUCGUCAUGAACAACUUCCUCCACAUAUGCAAAAGCAGAGCUCCUGUUUGGAGCAUCCACAGUCCCCCCAUGUCAAAGAGGAGGAGGAGGAGGAACCUCAGCCCGCCCAUGUCAAAGAGGAAGAGGAGGAGGUUGAUGUGAGCCAGCUGCCACUGACUGUCUUCGUUGUGAAGAUCGAAGACGACGGAGACGACGACGCGCAACUUCAUCAUCACAGUCCAGGUGGAGAGCAGUGUGGAGGAGCGCCACCUGGUACGCUCUCAGCUCCACUGUCGCAUAGCGCCGCCGCCGCCAAAGAGUGUUUCGAGAGUGACGCAGACUACGCAGGGGACGGCAAACACUCAAAUAAAUCUGAAAAAGAGACAACCUUGAUCAAGACAAGCAGUCAAGCACGCGGAAGACAUCACACGCGUCAGGAGGAUUUUGCCUGCUCUGUUUGUGGUAAAAUGUUUUUAUAUGAGAGUAUUUUGAAUGCACACAUGCAGAAGCACACAGGAGAAAGACCUUUCUGUUGCUCAGUUUGCGGACAAAGGUUCAUGAAAAAGUCAGAAAUGAAUCGACACCUGAGGACAACGCACAGAGGAGAAAAGCCCUUCAGGUGCACAAUUUGCGCUAAAACGUUCACACAACAGAUAAACAUGGUCGAACACUUGAGAACACACACGGGAGAAAAACCUUUCACGUGCUCCAUUUGCGAUAAAAGCUUUUCCAUUAAGACGUACUUGAACAAGCACAUGAGAACUCACACGGGAGAAAAACCUUUCAGCUGCUCCGUUUGCGAGAAAAGCUUUACCAAUAAGUCUGACCUGAACAGACACACACGAUCCCACGCGGGAGUGAAACCUUUCAGUUGCUCAAUUUGUGGUGACACGUUUGCUGUAAGGGCCUCUCUGCUUGCGCACACAUUGGCACACACGGGACAAAAACAUUUCACUUGCUCCAUUUGCGACAAAAGCUUUUCUAUCAAGACCUACUUGAACAAACACAUGAGAACACACACCGGAGGGAAACCCUUCAGUUGCUCCGAUUGUGACAAGAGCUUUGCAAAUAAGUCCGAUUUGAACCGACACACGAGGACGCACACAGGGGAGAAACCUUUCGCCUGCUCAACUUGUGGUAAAAGCUUUUGUUAUAAGUACAGUUUGACCGCACAUAUGCUGACACACAACAGACAAUUAAAAAGUUUUGCUGACCAGUUGUGAGAAAACAUUGACAGGUUAGUCAUCCAAAUGUUUGUUGACCAGUCUUUUGAGCUUUGUGUGUUCGUUGUUUUGGACUUUUAACAAUUGUGAUGGUUUAUUUUUGUUUUAGAAUUGCGUGGUGGGUGGAUUCAAAUACUGCCUCUGGACGUACAACAGUCACAAGUCAUUGUUACCUCUAUGUUGCUAUCAUCUAUUUAAUAAAACCCUCCAUAAACAGA